CCGCUUGAGAUACGGUUGAAAGACAAAAUUUGGAGUUUGAUUUGCUUACAACAGAUUAAUCUGCAAGAUGAACAGAUUUUGAAGGAAAUGGGACGAGUCAUGCUCGCCAUUUGGAUAACUCACUGGAAUUGCAUCAAUCAACAGAGAGUAUGGCCGGACCAAGCUGCUUUCAACAUGUACGAAUCAGUCAUCCUGCCUACUAAUGACCGUUUCCUCCAACCGAAGGAAAAGAAGGCAUGCAUGAAAAGUCGAGGCAAAAUUGAGGUUUACGAAGGAUUCCCUCAUGAACGUCCAAAUACAGACUUCGAACUGAUGAUUCCCUUCCACAACAUAUUUGACUCAAAACGGACGCAAAUGAAAGCUUUGGAUUGGCUACUACUAGCUCCAUGGCGAGACCUAAAAUUCACGGAACUUCGAAAUCGACGGCUCGAUAUCUCUAUAUAGCAAUUAGUAUAAAUAACAAUCAAUACAUCAGUCAACAGAAUUUCAGAAAAUAAAAGUAACUCACUGAAUACAAAAAAA